CACUGGUGGGUGGCACCGCUGGGCACUGGUGGGCGGCACUGCUGGGCAAAGGUGGGCGGAACUGGUGGGUGGCACUGCUGGGCACUGAUCAUCAGGGCACUGAUCAUCAGUGCCCUGAUGAUCGGUGCUGAUCCCUGCUCUGACAACUGCCGCGUGAGGAAAGUGCAGCCGAGAACCGGCAAUUGCAUUUCCCAGUGAUCAGCGUGUCAUUGGACAUGACUGAUCACGUGGUAAAAGGCCGCUGUGAUUGGCCUUUUACACAUCACGUGAUCAGC